ACAAAAAUGGCGGCGCCAUUAACCCUCCUGCUGAUAGUGGCUGUUACAAUAAGAGCCGUUUUAUUCCGCUCCAGUCUGGCGGAAUUAAUUUUAGAGAGGGUCGAGGUGGUGUCGCCUUUGAAUGCGUGGAAACGAGUUGUAGAGGGUCUUGCCUUGUUGGAUCUGGGGGUCUCGCCUUACUCAGGAGAUGUGUUUCAUGAAACACCCCUUAUGAUAUACCUCUUUCAUUUUAUGGUCGACUAUGCAGAGAUUGUUUUUAUGAUAGCAGAUGGACUCACGGCAGUGGCUCUUUAUCUGUCAAUUCAGACUUAUAAUAAGAAUGUGUUUAGAAAACAGAAGUAUGCCUUGGAAUCGGACCGGUAUCCCGCCGACUGUUUGGAGCUCCUCCGCUCUCCCAAGGAAAUGUUCUACAUCCCCCUCAAGGUUGCCAUGUUUUAUCUGUUAAAUCCCUUCACCAUCCUGUCUUGUGUGGCAAAGUCAACUUGUGGACUGAACAAUGCCAUUAUUGCGCUCUUCAUUCUCUGUACAUUAAAAGGUAGUGCCUUGUUGAGUGGCAUAUUGUUGGCCUUGGCUACAUAUCAGUCCAUCUAUCCUCUGACCCUGUUUGCUCCGGCACUCCUAUUCUUCCUGCAGAGGUUAUAUAUCCCAGUGAACCUGAGGAGGAGCAGUUUCUGGUUCUUCACUCUUCAGUAUGCGUUCAUAUAUGUAGGCAGUCUGGUGGUGAUCACUGGACUCUCUUUCUUCCUCCUGGGCUCCUGGGACUUCAUCCCUUCUGUCUAUGGAUUCAUAUUUUCUGUCCCAGACCUGACUCCAAACAUCGGACUCUUCUGGUACUUCUUUGCAGAGAUGUUUGAGCAUUUCCGUCUCUUCUUCAUCUGCGUUUUUCAGAUCAAUGUCUUUUUUUACACCAUCCCGCUCUCCAUCAAACUCAAGGAGCAUCCAGUGUUCCUCAUCUUCAUGCAGAUCGCCAUCAUCUCCAUCUUUAAGUCGUACCCUACUGUGGGAGAUGUCGCCCUCUACAUGGCAUUUUUGCCGGCCUGGAGUCACCUUUAUCGAUUUUUGAGAAACAUCUUUCUGGUGUCAUGUGUGCUGUUGGCGUGCUCCGCGCUCUUUCCUGUACUCUGGCAUCUGUGGAUAUACGCUGGCAGUGCCAACUCUAAUUUCUACUAUGCCAUCACAUUGCUCUUCAACUUUGGACAGAUCCUCCUGGUGUCAGAUUAUUUCUACGCCUACCUGCGUCGAGAACAUCACCUGACCCACGGCCUCUAUCUGAAGAAGAAAGACGGCACGGAAGCCACUCUAGUGUUAAAGUGACCUUCUUUCACAAGUCUUACGGAGAUCUCACCGACUGCCUCACACUCUCAUACUCUAAUAACUUUCCACACUACAUUUUUUCCCCGGUUCUUUUACUCUCUCAGCUCAGUUUGCCUUUUUUUUUUAAACCUGUUACUUUCUUUUGCACAUUUGAGCGUUUUACCUCAUGUUUGAAUGUUGACACCCCCUCUUGGACCAAAGCUGUUUUGUAAGAGACUUUUUGAUAAUGGGGGCCGACUGAAGGUAUCUGAGUGAUACAGAACUUUACUGUUUUGGCUCACAUGAGGUGGGUACAAAGUUAUUUUUUUGUCUUUCUUUGUUUCUAAGGA